AUGGAAAUGAAUGCAGCAACAGGAUUUGAAAAAAUUGCCAAUGAAUUCCUGCUUUCAGUUAGAAAAUGCAUUCAACACCAUUACAAGCCGGAUAUUAACGAGGGUUAUCAAAAAUAUGACAAAAGGGAAUUGCAAUUAAUGGAUGAAUUUUUCAAGAUAAAAUCUGCGGUAAAUGCCACAUUGUGUAAUGCUAUUGAUGUGAAAAUUAUCGUUGAAAAAUUAUAUCAAUUAAUUAACCUUGGUAAAGAGUAUAUUAAUGAAAUGGAAGAAGAAAAUAAAAGUCCGAAUUGUUUGCUAUUACGAAAUAUUGCUACGUAUAUGAUUUCAUUAUUAAAAAUACUUGGCAUUACAUCCAAAGAUAUCGAUAAUAUUUUCUCCGUUAAUUUCAGUGUGACAUCAAUUUGCGAUACUUUACUGAAUACUUCUCCCCAUGAAUUGAUCAGGCCUUAUGUUAGCGCAUUAACUGUUUUCCAAGAAACCAUUUCGGAAUUGGCUCAACAAAGGAAUAUCAACGAUAUCAUCAAAGAAUGUGAUCGCAUACGGGAUAAAGUACUUCCGGAAUUGGGUAUUAUCCUCAGUGAAACGAAUCCUAAAAAACCGGUACAUACAUUGAAAAAAUGGCGUAUGCCUGGCGAAGUUAUUAUGAAUAAGAUGUAUGCGAAUUCAGUGAAUUUUAAGAUUAAAUAA